CUUAUCGUGAAGUUAAAAAAUUAACACAGAGACAAAAGGAAAUAGAGAAGCAAUCUUUUGAAGAAAAAAAGAAACGCCAAAAUCGACAUCGUAUAACACCAUUAAAAAUAUCAGAGAAGCUUAUCUGUGAUCUUGAAAAAUUGGAUUUGUUAAAUGAGCGUAAUUGUCUUAGUGUAUCAGUUUACUAUAUCCAAUCUUGUUCCGACGAUUUUGACCAUAUAAUAAAUCCACCUUCCAUAAGUGAAGAUUUUGAAAGAUUUUUAAACAGUUUAGGAUGGCCGGUUUCAUUAGAAACGCAUUCAGGCUACAAAGCCAAACUAGACUCAUCAAUCUGUAAAACUACACCAUAUUUUGCAGAUAGAUCAGUUGAAGUUAUAUUCAAUGUUCCAUAUCUUAUUCAAACACAAAACAAUGAUUUAUCAUCGGAUUCAUUAUCAAAUCUUCUUAAAAACAUUUUUUCUGAUGACUUAGUUUGUAUAGUAUGGGUUGAUGACGUUUUAUCAAUGCAUAAUGCACCAUCAAAAAUUGGCCAAUCUGCACUUGUGUACAUAUUUGUACAUCCAUUACAAAACGCGACGGGACUAUAUUGGAUAAGAAUAAUUACACCCUCCGCACCGCAUUCAAGUUCUAGUGGCAUUG